AUGCCUCUCACAUACAUCUUAGAGGUGGAGAUCUUCGAUGUUUGGGGUAUGGAGUUUAUGAGACCCUUCCCUCCAUCAAAUGGACAUCUCUUCAUUCUGUUAGCGGUUAACUACGUAUCAAAAUGGGUCGAGGAAGUAGCAUGCUCCAGCAGUGAUGCAAAAGUGGUCACCAAGUUUCUACACAAGCAUAUAUUUACAAGGUUUGACGUACCCAGAGUAGUGAUCAGUGACGAAGGCUCCCACUUCAUCAACAAAGCUGUAGCAUCCCUCCUUGCUAAGUACAACAUCAGGAAUAAAAUAUCCACAGCUUACCAUCCUCAAUUGAAGAGGCAAGCAGAAAUAUCCAAUAGGGAAAUCAAAAUCAUCAUGGAGAAAGUAGUUAGCACAAAUCGAAGGGACUGGGCAAUGAAGCUAGAUGAUGCUUUAUGUGCUUAUCGCACCACAUUCAAAGCGCCUCUGGUUCUGCAGCAUAAAGCGUUUUGGGACGUCAAGAAGAUAAAUUUUGACCAUGCUACAGUUAGAGAAGUACACCACUUGCAAUUGUUAGAGCUUGAGGAGUUUCGCAGAGAUGUUUAUGAAAAUGCCAAAAUAUAUAAAGAAAAUACUAAGCGUUGGCAUGAUGCAGGAAUCCAGCCAAGGCAGUUUCAAAAAGGCCAGCAAUUAUUGCUUUACAACUCACGGAUGAAGCUUUUCCGAGGAAAUCUCAACUCUAAAUGGUCAGGUCCAUUUUUAGUCUCACAUAUCUACCCCGAUGGAGCCACCAAGGUGCAAGUAAGUGAUUCAGGAAGAGAAUUUACGGUGAACAGGAAGAGGCUGAAGCAUUUAUAUGGCAUGAACGUGGUGUGA